GCAGGUGAGCGCAUCUCGGGGCCACCUGCGUCCUGGCCGGCGUCUCAGCCGUGGCGGUGCGUCUGCGGGUCGUGGCACCCACGCCUCGCCUGCUGCUGCGUCUCGGGGAAAGGUGGGACACCGCGCCCCGCCCGUGGAGCGCCAUCGUGCAACCUCUGUACCAGGUUUCUUUUAUCAAAGAAGAAAAGCCGCGUCUGUUUCACAGGAGAGUGGGAGAAGAUGAGUGGUACCGUACCCCUUUCCGUAAAGCUGAAUGAUGGACAUUUCAUGCCCACACUGGGGCUCGGCACCUCCGCUCCUAGUAAGGACCUCACUUGGAGUGGCACUGCUCAAGGGCCAUCUUCAGAAUUUGGGGUUGCUAAAAGUAAGGUAGAGGAGGCCAUCCAGAUAGCAAUCGAAGUAGGUUACCGCCACUUUGACUCAGCGUACUUGUAUCUCAAUGAGGAGGAGAUCGGGCAGGCUCUCCGGAGGAAGAUGGCCAGUGGCGCUGUGAGGAGAGAAGAUGUAUUCUACACCUCCAAGGUGUGGUGCACCUUUUUACGUCCAGAGUUGGUGCAAACAUGCCUGGAAAGGUCGCUGAGGAAACUGCAGCUGAGCUACGUGGAUCUCUACCUGAUCCACUUCCCGGUGUCGCUCAAGCCUGGGGAGGACUUUUUCCCAAAGGACACAGAUGGAAAAAUCAUUUUUGAUACUGUGGAUCUCUGCAGCACGUGGGAGGCCCUGGAGAAGUGUAAGGAUGCGGGAUUGGCCAAGUCCAUCGGAGUCUCCAACUUUAACCGCAGGAAGCUGGAGAUGAUCCUGAACAAGCCCGGGCUCAGGUACAAGCCCGUCUGCAACCAGGUGGAAUGCCAUCCUUACUACAACCGGAGCCAGCUCCUGGAGUUCUGCAAGUCCAAAGACAUCGUCUUGGCUGCGUAUGGGGCCUUGGGCACCGACUCAGCCAAGGACUGGGUGAAAAAAGGCAACCCACAUCUCCUGGAGGAUCCAGUGCUCAAUGCAGUUGCUGAAAAGCACAGGCGAAGCCCAGCCCAGGUGGCCCUGCGCUACCAGCUGCAGCGAGGUGUGGUGGUCCUGGCCAAGAGCUUCAGUGAGAAGAGAAUCCGGGAGAACUUCCAGGUUUUUGACUUCCAAUUGACACCAGAGGAUAUGAAAACUCUGGACGGCCUCAACAGGAACAUGACCUACUUUGAUAGUACUUCUCUAUUUGCUCAACACCCAGAUUAUCCACUUUCUGACGAUCUGUAACAACAGAGUCUGUGGCUGCUCUGGAGCUCUUUGAUUUUGGCGGAUGAACAGAGAACAUCUCUUUCCAUAUGGCUAAGCCUGCUCCUUCACAAAUUCGCUCAGGUCCCCUAAUCAGGAAAUAAAAGUCUCUAAAACUAA